AUGAGGAUCAUGCUCCUACUACACUGGCUUGGGGUGUUUCUGUCCUUUUCUGGACACCCCUGGGCUGAGCAUUCCCACUAUCACAAUCCUCCAGAAGUGGUGAUUCCCUUGAAGGUAACACGCACUGGCCGGAGCAUGAAUUUUCCAGGAUGGCUCUGUUAUGGUCUACGUUUUGGGGGUGAGAGACACAUUCUCUACAUGAGGGUCAAGAAGAAUUUGUUCUCCAAACACUUCCCAGUGUUCACCUAUAGCGACCAAGGUGCUCUCCUUGAGGACCGGCCUUAUGUUCAGAAUGACUGCUACUAUCAUGGUUAUGUGGAGGAGGACCCAGAAUCCCUGGUUGCUCUCAGUACUUGUUUUGGUGGCUUUCGAGGAUUAAUACAGAUAAAUGACAUUACUUAUGAAAUUAAGCCCAUGAUCUUUUCUACCAAAUUUGAACAUCUGGUAUAUACAAUGGACAAAGAGGAGACUCAAUUCUCAACCAUGAAAUCUGGCUUUAUGGAAGAGGAAAUGUUACAGCAAUUUGAGUUUCAAGAGAUUGGUGAUUCUACUCUGAAGCAAUCUUCUUAUGAUAACUGGUGGCCCCACUUCUACUUUAUUGAAAUAGUAGCAGUGAUUGACAAUACUCUCUAUCUUCAAAGUAAAAAAAAUGUCUCAAUGGUGCAGGAAGAUCUAUAUGUUAUUGUAAAUAUAGCAGAUUCCAUUUAUGAGUCAGUAGGUUAUAAAGUUUUAUUGUUUGGCAUGGAGGUGUGGACUCAGGAAAACUACAUUGAAGUAGAUGAUGUAAAGAGAUCUCUGAGACUUUUUUGCCUUUGGAAGGCUCGCAACCUUAACCUCCGCCUGCCACACGAUACUGCACAUCUUUUCAUGAAUAAGACAUUAAGAGGAAUGAGUGGUUUAGGCCUUGUUCAAGGAAUGUGUAGACCAGAACAUAGUUGUGCAAUUAUUACUUUUACAGGACAACCAUUGAACGAUAUUGGACUUGCAUUGGCUCAUCAUAUAGGUCAUAAUUUGGGUAUGUUUCAUGAUUAUAAGUUCUGUACGUGUGGACAAACUAAAUGUAUAAUGAGUCCUGGUAACCCAACAACAACUAAAUUUAGCAAUUGUAGUUAUGCUUAUUUAUGGGAUGAUUCUAUAGUUCAAACAACGUGUUUGCUCUACACUAUACACACAAGUGACAUAUUUAACCGGCAACGUUGUGGGAAUGGUGUUGUUGACAAAAAUGAGGAGUGUGACUGUGGACUUUUGCAGCAAUGUGCAAAAGAUGCCUGUUGUCUGUCAAACUGCACUUUGAGUUUUGGGUCUAGUUGUGCUUAUGGGCUUUGUUGCAAGGACUGUCAGUUCUUGCCAGCAGGGAAACUAUGUAGAAAGGAGAUCAAUGAAUGUGAUCUUCCAGAAUGGUGCAAUGGAACAUUCCAUAUGUGCCCAGAUGAUGUAUAUGUGGAAGAUGGAAUUCCCUGUAAUGAGAGUGCCUACUGCUAUGAAAAGAGAUGUAAUGACCGCAAUUUACAAUGUAAGCAGAUUUUUGGCCAAAAGGCACAGAAUGCAAAUUACCAGUGCUACAAACAAAUAAACACUCUAGGUGACCGUUCUGGUCACUGCGGUACUCAAAACUUUUCAUAUGUGAAAUGUAAUAUCUCAGAUAUUUUGUGUGGGAGGAUUCAGUGUGAGAAUGUAACUAAAAUCCCCCUUCUAAUAGAUCAUUCUACUGUACAUUGGACUUACUACAAUGAUGUUAAUUGCUGGGGUACCGAUUACCACAUUGGGAUGACCAUACCUGAUAUAGGUGCAGUGAAAGAUGGCACAGAGUGUGGUGAAGAACAUGUCUGCAUCCAUAAAAAGUGUGUCCAUAUAUCUUACUUGGAUAGUAAUUGUUCACCUACAUUCUGUAAUCAGAGGGGGAUCUGCAACAAUAAACAUCAUUGCCAUUGCAACUAUUUGUGGGACCCUCCCAACUGCCUAAUAAGAGGCCAUGGAGGUAGUAUUGACAGUGGUCCACCCCCUAGAAGAAAGAAGAUAAAGAAGAUUUAUGUGUUAAUGUUUUCACUUAUUUGGUUGUUAAUUUUAUUAUGUUGUCUUUUUUAUCUUUGCAUGAAGAAAAAACCUAAGCAAAAAGAGCAAAUUUCUCAGUCUGAAUCUGAAAUGAAGAAUGUGGUUCAGACACCAGAAUCAAAAGCACAACCAAAUAUUCCAAUUUCACAACGGAAACCCUCACAGAAUAUUCCAAUUCCGCAACAGAAACCCUCACAGAAUAUUCCAAUUCCACAACGGAAACCCUCACAACCUCUUCUGACUCAACCUGCAAGACGAGGUCCAAAAUUUUAG